AUCCCGGCCAGUCAGCUCGGUCCUGCCUCGGGCCCCUCCUCCCCCCACAUCAACACCCCUCCCCACGCCUCGGGAGCGGGACCGCCCCCUUCCUCCCUCGGCCGGCGUGGGGUGAGGGCCGGUGUGAGGGAGCCAGCGCGGGCGGGCGGGCUCCGUGAGGGCGAGAGGCGGGGCGCGCGGCGGGCGGGCCGGGGGCCGCGUGUGCGCGUGGGGCGCGAGCGAGAGCCCGUCGCGACCCGCCGGCGGCCCGGAGCCGAGGAGCCGGCGAGCGACGAGCGGCGACCGCCGAGCGCGGAGGGGCGCCGGGCCCGCGCGCGCGCGCACGCACGCACGCAGGCGGGGGCGGGGGCAGGCGCGCGGCCGCCUGUCGCGACAGUCGGGGCCGAGGCCCAGGGGGAGGUGGCCUGUCGCGGGUCGCCCGGCUCCCGGAGGCGAGGGGGGCGCGGGCGGAUGGCGGAAGGCGCCCAGCCGCAGCAGCCGCCUCAGCUCGGGCCCGGCGCCGCUGCCCGGGGGAUGAAGCGGGAGUCGGAGCUGGAGCUGCCGGCGCCCGGAGCGGGAGGAGACGGAGCCGAGCCCGGCCUGAGCAAGCGGCCGCGCACCGAGGAGGCGGCGGCCGACGGCGGCGGCGGGAUGCAGAACGAGCCUCUGACCCCAGGUUAUCAUGGAUUCCCAGCACGGGACAGCCAGGGUAACCAGGAGCCAGCAACAACUCCUGAUGCAAUGGUUCAGCCUUUUACUACCAUCCCGUUUCCACCACCUCCACAGAAUGGAAUUCCCACAGAAUAUGGAGUGCCACACACUCAGGACUAUGCCGGCCAGACCAGUGAGCAUAACCUGACACUCUAUGGAAGUACGCAAGCCCACGGAGAGCAGAGCAGCAACUCACCCAGCACACAAAACGGAUCUCUUACGCAGACAGAAGGGGGAGCACAGACAGACGGCCAGCAGUCACAGACACAAAGUAGUGAAAAUUCAGAGAGUAAAUCUACCCCCAAACGACUCCAUGUCUCUAAUAUUCCUUUCCGCUUCCGGGACCCGGACCUCCGGCAGAUGUUUGGGCAGUUUGGCAAAAUCCUAGAUGUAGAAAUAAUCUUUAAUGAACGUGGCUCUAAGGGAUUCGGGUUCGUAACUUUCGAGAAUAGUGCUGAUGCAGACAGGGCCAGGGAGAAAUUACACGGCACCGUGGUAGAGGGCCGUAAAAUCGAGGUGAAUAAUGCUACGGCACGUGUAAUGACCAAUAAGAAGAUGGUCACACCAUAUGCAAAUGGUUGGAAAUUAAGCCCAGUAGUUGGAGCUGUGUAUGGCCCUGAGUUAUAUGCAGCAUCCAGCUUUCAAGCAGAUGUGUCCCUAGGCAAUGAUGCGGCAGUGCCCCUAUCUGGAAGAGGGGGUAUUAACACUUACAUUCCUUUAAUCAUUCCUGGCUUCCCUUACCCAACUGCAGCCACCACGGCGGCUGCUUUCAGAGGAGCCCAUCUGAGAGGCAGAGGGCGGACAGUAUACGGUGCAGUCCGAGCGGUACCUCCAACAGCCAUUCCCGCCUAUCCAGGUGUGGUUUACCAGGACGGAUUUUACGGUGCUGACCUCUAUGGUGGAUAUGCAGCCUACAGAUAUGCACAGCCUGCUACUGCAACCGCGGCCACAGCUGCUGCAGCCGCUGCAGCCGCUUACAGCGAUGGUUAUGGCAGGGUGUACACAGCCGACCCCUACCAUGCCCUUGCCCCUGCCGCUAGCUAUGGAGUUGGCGCUGUGGCGAGUUUAUACCGAGGUGGCUACAGCCGAUUUGCCCCCUACUGAAGUGACGUGAGACCCCUGCAAAUGGGACAGCCCCCCAGUUCAUGAGGCCUGGCUAUUGCAAUAUUUACUAGUAGAGGAACUCUAUAGCAAGAUGAAGAGGAAAAACAAACAAACAAACAAAAAAAAAACACAAAAAAAGAGAAUACUUUUUUAUACCUCACUAUGUUCUUUGAAUAUGUAUUUUUCCUUUAAAUUUCUGCCUUUAAUUCUUUUGUUCCAAAGAUUGUGCAUUUUUUUCUUUUUUUUUUUUCCUUUUUUUUUUAACUGUGGUAAAAAAAAAAAAAAUAAUGCAUUUCCAUGUCUGUAUGUCCGUGCUUAGCUUAUUAUAUCAAUCACGGAAGAGGCAGUUAAUGAGGAAGAAGAGACAUUAGGAGCUGAUAAACACAGCUGAUCAGAAAUCAGCAGACAGAAUUACCAAAGUGUGUCUGGUGCUGAAUGGCUGGGGGACAAGCAGAAGUGGAAGAGAUCUUUCUGCCACAGGAUAUUCUUCUAGUCUUCUGAGUUUCUGGUCUUUGGCAGGCAAUUCUGAUUGGCUGUGGCUGGAAUCCACAUGCUGAUAGAUGAUAGGAAUUUGUGCUUGCAAAGCAGGAGAAUUAAAAAGACACUUUCCUCUUCUCUUCUCUCCUGUCUUCUCCAUUCUUUUUACAAUCAUCUUAAUAUGCACAGCCUGAGACAGUUGGCAUAGUUUUUGGAAUUAUAGUGUUAAUAUUUCCAAACAUGCUCUCAGACUGUGGAUAAUAAACACCUCAUUAGGAAACCAAUCUCAGAAUGAACUCUGGAGUAUGAAAAAGAUCAUUCUUUUCUUUCCUGUAAUCCUAGCAUUCCUGCUGGGCUUCUUCACCUGUAAUUGAACCGCAGCGUAGCUCGUCUAUCCUUUUAUUAACACUCUGCUCCUGUGUCCUCAAGAUUCAGGAAUUUAGGACCCAGGGACAGAAGAAUAAAUUGGCAGUGGCCGUAUUUCCCCAGGUGUUUGGGCACAGCUUGAGGAUUAGAGGUACUAAUUGUUGAGAGGCGAUAAAGAGGGUGAGGAAGCGAAAGGGAUAUGAGGUGAUGUCUGGCAGGGCACUCUGGUAUUCUUGAUCUUUCUCUUGCGUCGAAAGUCAGUACACAGUGUAGAGCAUACCUUCAAGGCUCUGUUGGCAACAGAUGAAGUGCCGGAGUCCUAGGCCAGCUGUCCCUGGAAGUUCUGGUGAUGAGGGCAUGUGAGGGCAGGCAGAGGCACUUUGUACUAGUUCCAAAGCCAUAGGAAUUUUCAUCCUCCAGAGCCUUUAUGAGUCACUUCUCUGUCCACAGCCUUGAGCCCUCGUGGCCAUUCUACCCAGCUUCUCAUUCUCCUCCAAAGAUGCCCAGCUGAGCACCCGGACCACUUGGUAUACAUGAACACUACAGGACAUGAAAUACAGAGCCCCUGAGGUUGCUCCCCUCCUGUGUUGGAAGGAGGGUCUGAAAUGGCAAGGAUUUUAUAUAUUGCCAGAAAGAGUCGUGUGGUGGCCACAGCAGUGAGUUGCUGCUGUUGCUCCCUGGCUUCAAUUUUCUAUAUUACCACGAUGGGGGAGAAAGUGUUUCUUUUCUAGCUAUUAGCUGUUAAUGAUAAGGGCAAGGGUCCUGCAGCAUUUCCAAAAUGAAGGCAUUUAGAGAAGCACGGUCUGUUUGGCUCCCUGGUCUAUUCACAUUGGUACUGGGUGACCUUUCACCCAAGGAUAGCUGCUAAAGGGAGUAAUUCAGAGACAUGGAGCUUCUGGUUGGUUGUGGGUUUGGUUUUGCUUUGUUUUUUUUACUCCUGCCUCCACACUUGUUCUUGACUGGUGACUGAUUCAUGUCCCUGAAUUAAAAUGACUGACAUAUGACAGCAUCAAGCUUUCUUUGUAAGCAGAGUGAUAUAUCUGGGAGGGACUGGCCUGUCAUGAAUAAUACAUAUCUUCUCCCCCUUCAGAAUCGUCUCUUGUCUAAUAACUGGGAGAGAGGCUGUCCUUGAAACUAGGGGAGACAUCAAGGAAGCUAGAGGCCUCGAUGCAAUUCUUAUUGAUUCUGGGAAGCAGUGCAUAGAAUAGGGGACACCAGACUGCCGGUCCAUUGGCCAUUUUUUAAGGGUUCCCCUCCCCAAACCAAAGUUUGGUUUGUUGCUGUUAAGACAAUUUUUGUUGUAUGUAUAUAAAUAUUUUAGUUAGAGGAGGGGGGAAUGGGAUGUGGGGUUUCGCAGUUCUAGGGAAUGGGGGCAAGGAGGAUUUUUUUUUUUUCUUUCUUCUCUUUUGUUUUGAGGCAGAGCUUUUGUUGACUAAAGAAACUGAGAGAAAUUUCAUGUCAUGUUUAAAUAGAGACCAUUCUCACAAAAUGGCGAGCCACCACUCAGUGGACACAAGGCCAGAUUCUAAAGGGUUGUAUUCGUAGCAGAGGAAGAGAAUAGGGCAAUGAGGUUAAGAAUUCUCUCUCCUUUUUUCCAGAAAGAGAUAAGGAUGAUGGGAAAGGUAGAGAAGACGGCUCCCACAGCCCUUUUCAAAGAGGCAGAAGCAUGAGCUUGAGAUACCUUUUGUGCAUUUCAGUUCAGCUGGCUCUGGCUGAGGACUCCAUGGGCAAGCUCUGUGUUUCCAGUGGGCUUCUGCUGCAUUUCCAGGGAUGGUUUUAAUAUUGCUUCCUCCAGCUCCCCUUUCUAAGGAAGACAGAAUCAAGUUCUGCUUUAUUAAAGGGCCUUUGGUUUUCGGUGUCAGCACUAAGAAUUGGAGCUCUCGUAAGCACCUAGAUUUGAUGGUAUCAACCUCCCAGCAGCUUUUGAACGUUGAGACUCCAUACAGUCGACUUCAUCAAAGGCAGGUUCCUCAAAGCAUUAAUGCUUGUAUGUUCCUGACUCUAGUUCCCACUGGACUAAGAAAGAGCAUCAGAAGAGAGUUUGGCGCCUUGUGAGUUCGUUAGAGGAUGCUGGUUGAUAAAUCCAAAAAACUUAUUAAUGCUGAAUCACAGUACGUGAAUGAUUUCAACAGCUUUACAGUAUCUCACGACAUGGACUUUCUGUAGCAAGCGUCUUACUCUUAGACGCUGGGCUCUUUUAAGGAGACCUGUAGUGAAAACCUUUAUCUGAAUAUCUCUCCUUCAGCCCAGAAAGCUGCCCUUAGGUCUUUUCCAGAAUUCCUUGUGUUAUGUAGUUCACCUUCCAUUAACCCAGAUCAACCAUUGUGAUUCAUCAUUUUUAAGGCUCUCAGGUUUUACAAAACCUAUCACCAUCAUCCUCCAACAGCCACGGUCAGAAUUGAGCCAAUUUUAUUUUUCCUUGAAAAAGAAGGGGACUGGGGCUCAACUCUCAGUUUAAGGGGGGCUAGGGGAGAGCUACUCAAUAGAAAUCAAAGACAGUGGCUUUUCCUCACAGUGACUCCUCAGGGGUGACCUGCUCUCAUUUAGAUUACACUUUCCUAGAGACAGCAGACAAGUCAGUGAAUCCCCAUCACCCUCUAACUGGUCACGGAGCUGCCACACGAGGGCGGUGUAAACUCGGGGUGGAAGCAACCCCGAGGGUCUGCACGAAGGGCUUGCUGGCCCGCUUCCCUCUCCAGGGGAGCACGAGCGAGGGACAGUCUGGAAGGCUGGGACGUGGAAGGAGGGAAAGGGGAGCUGAUUGAACCCUCCCCUUUCGCCCAGUCCAGCCGCUUCUCUGCUGCUUGCAACCCUCUAGCACAGUAACAUUUGCAGAAUUGCAGGUUUUUAUUCCCCCAGAUAAUAGGAAGAAAAGGACUUUGGGGGGUGGGGAAGGGGUAGUGGUGUUUUAAAAGCAUAAGUCACCUGUUUGCACUGUUUUAAGAUAGGAAAAAAAUAGUGGGCAAGGUGAACAUCAGACGUAAAUUUGUGUGUUUUUAUUUUGUCAUGCUCUUGAAACUGUUUGACCAUGUGUAGUGUACACCAGUGAAACUUGAUUCUCUGUUGCAUAAAACACUAUUUUUUUGGAAAUGUUACUGUCCAGAAGCCUCUUCCCUCCCUUUCCCUUCUCUGUACUUCCUUCAUACUUGCUUUACUGAUGGGGCAGGCCAUAGCCAUGCAAGAGCUAGAGCCCUUCCCAGGCUGGCUCAGGUGUCCUAAGCCAGCGUGCGCCUUCUGGGUUAGGGAGUGCAGCCGAGUCCCUGGCACCUGUCUUUAAAAUAAGGCUUACAGACCAGAUUCCAGUGACUAUCAAAUUCCUCAGUCAGAUGCGCUAGGAAUGAGGAGCCGAGGGUGGAGGGCAUUCCUCAAAUAUUGCAGUUGGCUGUAGCAGCUGAGUUCCUAUCCGUGUUACCAGAACUGUAGCCAGUUACAGUUUACUCAGGAAAACGGUAGAUCAAUUCAGCCAUGGUAGUGCUGGUUGGCAGGGAUUGGUAACUGAGAGAACUGCUCGUCAGCCAAACUCAAACCUUGCCUUUAAGGAGACUGCCAGCGAGGGACUCGGCCCCUCGGUCUGGUCAUCACAUAUGUGCCGGUGUUGUGAGGGCUCAGCUCCCACUGGCAAGCAAAAAGGGAUCGUGGAUUCUCUUUUCUCCCCACCCCCGGCCCCUGUUACCAACACCAGAUUCCCAGGGGGAACGUGAGUUUUUGAAUUGUUUUUUGGUUUGGUUUUUCCAGGGACUGCUGAGUGCUGUAAGCAGUGUCUGCACCCCUUCAAGCCUCCCAGCUUAGUCGUUCUCCUCUCUUUUUCUGUUCACAGUAUUUUGGUGUGUGUGUGCUCGUUUUGGCAGCUCAUUUUGGCUGUAUUAUAUAUCGAGUGAUGAAUUGAUCCCCCUUUUUUCCCUACGGGGUAUGAAUUGUUUUUUUCUUGUGUUAUAAUUCUGCUUGUGAAUAGCUGGAGCAAACCUGGGGCUGACACACGUAAGCUAGGGCUGCAGAGGGCUGAGAGCCAGUGGGGUUGACUUGUCCCUGACAGGCUGACCUACCUGAGUCUCUGAGCUUUUCAGUCCAGAUCUUUGCAAGGCUGAAAAUGCCACAGAACCUCUCCUCUGCUCCCCACUCCCCGUGGCCGGGACUGAACCAUCCCUACAUGCAACAUGCAGUUUCUCUGGCCCCGCCCAUUGCCGUGGCAAACAGGUACCUUUGGGGCAUGGGGGCAUCACAUGGGAUGCUUGUAUAAUUGACCACCUCGCCUUUUCUCCUCCCUGCCUCCUCCCCAGAAUCACUUCCUAGGACACCCGAGCUGCUUGCCCAGGGUCCUGUUUCCCUGCGAACUCCAGAGAAGCACCCCAGGGCUUUGUGACAGUCUCUACUUCCCUCCCCUUCUCAUUAAGAAUCAUAUUGUAUAGUAGCUUUCAGACCAUACAGUAUUCAUUGGGUUACUCCUAUUAUUAUCAAGUAGCUGGAAUUGUGAAGGUCGGAGUAGUUAGAUCUUUAGCUUUUAUUCCUUAUUUUUUUGUAUUACUAUCCAUGUGUAUAAAUUAUUGAUCAUGUUGCUGGCUUUUAUAAACUCUAAGCGAAGGAGGAGGUCUGCCUCUGCCUUUGCAAAUGGUAAUGAAGCACUGUUUUUAAAUAAAAGAGAGAAACACCA